AUGCGUAAGGUUUUACUUCAGAUAUCUGAUGAUUUCCUAAAAGAUUCUGUGAAAAUUGUAUCUAAGUUGAAGAAAAAUUCAAGCGCUCUAAUUUUUACAGUUGGAAAUACUGUUCAUCAAAACUGUUGCAAUGAUGUCUUGAGUAUAGACCAUUUGAAACUUGAUGCCUAUAUACAUAUUGGAAAUGCUUGUUUUAGCUGUAAUAAUGAUUUACCUACUUUCUACAUCUUUCCAAAACAAGAAAUUUGCAUCGAUGAGUUUUGCAAAACAUUUGUGAAUCAUUUCGGUAAUGAAACCGAGAAUAUUUUACUUUACUAUGAUGUGAAAUAUGCGCAUGUUAUUGUUAAAAUUUAUGAAACAAUCAAGCCAAAGUAUAAAAACAUAAUUUUAUCAAGAAUAAUAUGUGAUUCAAACAUAUCUGCACUAAAAACAGCAAAUAAUAGUAAUCCAAUUAUCAUUGGUAGAAGUUGUGAUGUGACGAUAAAUUUUAAGGGGUAUGAUGGCUUUUACCUAGGACCUAAUAAUCACACUUUUCAAUCUUUAGCAAUAAGUUUACCAGUAAGAAAAUGGCACUAUUAUCAAGAUUUAAAAGUAUCUACGUUUGACCUACUUCAUUUUCCAUGGUUGAAAAAAAAAAACUACCUAAUCGAAAAAAUCAGAGACUCAAAGCGAUUUGGAUUAUUAAUUGCAUCAUUGAAUGUAAGCGAGCACGUAAACAUUCUUGAAUCAACCAAAACUAUUCUUAAAAAAAUGUCCAAAAAAAUUUAUACAUUUAGUGUAGGAAAAGUGAACCCAUCUAAGCUUGCAAAUUUUCAAGAGGUAGAUGUAUAUAUUAUAGUAAGUUGUCCAGAAAAUAGCUUGAUGGAUACAUACAAUUAUUAUAAGCCAGUAGUCACUCCGUUUGAUAUUGAAUUGGCCUUUAACGAAGUGAGGAAUAGUGUUGUGCCUUAUUCAAUUGAUUUUCGACAAAUUCUACCUGAAGGAAUCAAUUACAAAGUAUUUCAGAGCCUUCAUCAACCCGAUGUUUCCCUUAUAAAUGGUACAGUAAGAAAUUUUGGGCAGGAAUGUUUGAGUCAGGCAACUUCUCUUAAUUAUUUGAAGCAAAAAGUUAGUAAUCAUAUUGAAAAAAGGAGUGUCUCCUUAGAAAAUAGAUGGGAUGGACUUCAGUGUGAGGAGAGCAAGAAAACAAUUGCUUUGGCUACUAGAGGUAGGGAUGGAAUCCCUAUCAAAUAUUUUAAUGAAUCAUCAAUGACAAAAGUUUCUCUAAGAACUAAUACUCUUAAUAGUAUGCAUUUAUCAUAG